AUGAAGGAGAAAGUUACGGUGAUUGAGGAGCGGCAUAUUGAUUGCCAUGGUUGCCACGGUGAACUGAUCCCAACACUACUUAAACUGUGGCGCACACCCUCACUCCAGCGGCAGACAGCACGGUUUAAUACCGUGAUUAUCUUUGGUCGUUCGGAUGGGCGGCACGCAAAUGAAGAGACGAAUGGCGCCGGAAACGGCACUUUUGUCCGUGCGCUUUUCUGUCAGGACAAGAGAGAGUGUAUCAAUGGGGCGUUUCACGGCAUGUAG